CUUUUCGACAUGUCACCGCGUCCGUACCACCGUGUCUGUUCGUCUCCCGUCUUUCGUCCUCGUCGUCUCUUCAAUUCAUUGCACGUCCUCGUCUCCUUCUUGGGCGAGAUUGAGAAAUAACUCCAUUCCAUGGCGAGUCCUCUUGUCUACAUUUUUAAUCGUGUCAACAAUAUUGGCCGUUAAGUCUGACCCAACGAGCACCGUCAUUCCGCCAUCAUGGCCGACACGCCGAAUUCGCACCAAGACGUCCAGGCAGCGCGUGUGAUCUCUGAUCAUCUGCCAUCUGGCUACACGGCUGGAUACGUUGCUGGAUCUGAUGCUGCAGAGGCCUCGAAAGAUUCCGACGAGGAAGAAGCCGAAUCUUCCUUGCAGCUCCAGGGUGGAGACAUCCAUAGAGAUCUUUACAAAAUCCAUCACCGGGGAAAGCUACAACAUCGAGCUGCCACGUUUUCUCAUCCUCAACUCAGCACUUCCAACGAAGACGAUGAGCAGCCCACAGUUGCAGACCAAUUGGCCCCCGGAGGCUUCCGCCGGGAAUUUGUGAGGAAAAAGUAUGGUCGAUUCAAUCCAGCCGUUAUGCCCGUCACUCGAAAUUUCGUCGAGUUUCUCGCCUUGUACGGCAGCUUCGCUGGAGAAGAUCUCGAGGAUUCCGAAGACGAAUCAGCACUUGAAGAUGAAGAACAGGCCCCAUCCGAGACCAGACCACUGCUCGGCCGACGGCGUACCACUGCCAAAGCGAGGGGCGAUGCCGGCAUGACCAAGACAUUCUUCACCUUGCUCAAGGCCUUCAUUGGCACCGGUAUCAUGUUCUUGCCCAAGGCUUUCAACAAUGGCGGCAUCCUAUUUUCAUCCAUCACGUUGCUGACUGUCUCGCUCGUCACAACACUGGCUUUCCACUUGUUGUUACAAUGCCGACAAGAACACAAGAAGAACGGUUAUGGUGAACUCGGCGAAGCCAUUGGCGGACCGAGAUUGAGGGCCAUCAUUCUCGGUUCGGUCACCAUUUCGCAACUUGGAUUCGUCUGCGCCGGCACGGUUUUCGUCGCGCAGAAUCUUCAUUCUUUCCUGCAGGCCGUCACCAAAGGUUCACAACCGCUAUCCACCAAUGUUCUGAUCGCGCUGCAGCUCAUAGCCCUGAUACCGCUGGCCUAUAUCCGCAACAUCUCCAAGCUCGGUCCUGCGGCAUUGCUCGCAGAUGUCUUCAUCCUUGUUGGUCUGGCCUACAUCUACUACUACGACAUUGCGACCCUAGUGAAUGAUGGCAUCCACCCGACUGUUCAGCUGUUCAAUCCUGAUUACUACACCAUGACCAUCGGCUCCGCGAUUUUCACGUUCGAAGGCAUUGGCCUGAUCCUCCCAAUUCAGUCGUCCAUGAAGCAACCUGAAAAAUUCGAGCCGUUGUUAUGGGCCAUCAUGCUCAUCAUCACAGUCAUCUUCACCUCGAUAGGCGCUCUCUGCUAUGCUACCUUUGGGUCCGCAACGCAGAUUGAAGUUAUUUCUAACUUCCCACAGAACAACAAGCUCGUCAAUGCCGUACAAUUUCUGUACGCGCUCGCGGUCAUGGCCGGUACGCCUGUGCAACUGUUCCCGGCCCUUCGGAUCCUUGAAGGCAAGGUCUUCGGCCGCCGGUCCGGCAAGAGAGAUGCUUUUACGAAAUGGAAGAAGAACGGGUUCCGUACGGGCCUUGUCAUUGUCUGUGUAUUGGUAGCAAUCCUGGGCUCCAACAACUUGGACAGGUUCGUUGCACUCAUCGGUUCAUUUGCAUGCGUCCCACUUGUAUACGUGUAUCCGCCGUUGCUUCAUUACAAAGGCGUGGCUCAAACGACGUGGGCGAAAGCUGGAGAUAUUGCAUUGAUGGCGUUGGGUUUGGCCUGCAUGAUUUACACCACCAUCAUCACCGUCGUCAACAGUUUUAUCAAGUCAUGACGGAAAGCAGUUAUGAAUGAAAUGAGUCACUUCUGCCGGUGGCGUGAAGUCAGACAGUCGCUGCAAGUUUGGAAGCACAAACUUGAUGCAUGUAUGUUAAGAUCAUAGGGCAGGAUGGUAUUGAGCAGCGGUUGACAAAAUUCAUCUAACGUUGUACCUCAAACUUCGGGCUAAUCACACCCAAAAUCAUUCUUGGUUGUAGAAGAUUGCAUUUCAGCCGCCUCCAAGAUCCCAUGCCCUUUUCUCCUGC